AUGGGACAACAAUCUGAAGAUUAUUCUGGUUCCAAGCUGGAGAAGCAGAUAAAUGAAUUUUUUGAAAAGAAAAAUAUUAAAGAAAUCCCAUUUGAUUGUUUUGACGAAAAUAAAGUUGAAACCAUUAGUACGGAGUUGCCUAGUAAUAGUUAUAAAGCUUUCUCUGAAAAAUAUAAUAAAACUAUGAUUUUGAAUAAGAUUGUUUUUUCUCAAAAGUACACAUUUAAAGACUUUAUUACUAAUCUGAAACAGCAUCAAGAAGUAGAAUUGCAUGACAACAUUUUAAAAAUUUUAGGCGCAACCAGACAAAAAUCUCCUUAUGGUUAUGAUUUAUUAAACGCUAUUAUUCAUGGUAAACGUGAAAAUGAGAUACCCGGAACUCCGAAAGGAUAUGUGAAAAUAUAUGAAGAAUGCUGGCAAUACAAUUCAUAUCAACGUCCAUCUAUCCAACGCGUUUUUGAUGAUCUGUGUGCACUUGAUUCUAGCAAUGAUAUUAUUAUGGAAAAUAGUGAUAUUCAAAUGCCUGAUGAUAAAUUGGAAAUGGGAAAUUUGAGUGUGGCAAAUUUAUUGCAACAUUAUACGGAAUUAUACAACGAAAAGACAAAAGAAUUAGAGUUAAUCUCUUCCGUUAUUGCAACAUUUCAAAAAACUAGUUAA